CGUAAAGGUUCCGGAUGACACAAGGAAACUCAACUCCAACGCGUUUUUUUGGACCCAUGUUACAUUAUCGCUCACUUCUAUCGGGAAGUGCACAACAUGACGGUGACUGUGAGCGAGUACAUUGUUAAAAACUAUUAAUAAUGUGUCCGGUCCGGUGUAGCUGCAUUUUAUCUGCCGUACGUCCAUGAUGUUGUAUCUAUAGGUCAUUCGGAGUUAUUAGGUAAUAUAUAUAGAGAACAUGGCUGCGCCCACAGGACCGAGAGGAGCCUCUAGCCCGCCCGGGUUUGAAGGCUUCCCGUUCCCACUAGCAACCAAAACACCGGAGGACAGCGCCGGUAAAGAGCAGGAGCAGACCGGUGUGAAGAAGAAGCCAUGCAGGGCUUGUACCGACUUUAAAUCAUGGAUGAAAGUCCAGAAGACACCCAAAACAACUGCUGUACAGGAGACCGUAGCUGCAGUGUCAGAGCCACAACAAGAGCCAGAGUGCCCACUGGACCGGGGAGAGCUGGGGCGUAACACCUGGUCCUUCCUGCACACCAUGGCAGCGUAUUACCCCGAUCAACCAUCGUCGACCCAGCAGCAAGAGAUGGGGCAGUUCAUCAACCUUUUCUCCAAGUUCUUCCCCUGUGAGGAAUGUGCUGAAGACCUCAGGGGCAGAUUAAAAACCAAUCAGCCAGACACCAGGAAUCGCCACGCUCUCUCUCAGUGGUUCUGUAAUAUCCACAAUGACAUCAACAUCCGGCUGGGAAAGCCUGAGUUCGACUGCUCCCGUGUCGAUGAGAGGUGGAAAGACGGAUGGAAAGAUGGCUCCUGUGAUUGAGCAAAAAGAAAUGCAAGGACUGAGAGGAGAAAUCCUUCCUGUGCAAAACCUUGAGUGGUAGCACAAAAAUAUGGACUCCUAUCUCUAAUGUUGAGAAACUUUACGUGUUGAUGGAUAGGCCAUGUGGUUAUAAAAUGUUUGCUUUGUGGUCAGUUAAUAUAACUGAUCAGGUAAUACAAGUGAAUGAGAUAUUACAAAUCCCUUUCUGUUUCUCCGGUUAAAACAAUUAAUCAUAGUGAAACCAAAUUUCCCUGGAAUGUACAUCCAAUUUUGUGUAAUGGAGAACAUAUUUUUGCCCCUGAUUUGUCUGUUAAAGCAGUAAGUAAUUUACAAAGGGAUUUAGCUAUUACAAUGUUUUAUGUGCUAAGCUUAAAUUUGUCAGAGAAAUAUAUAUAUUUUACUUAAUGAAGUUGUUUGGAUUGAUUUUUCACUGCAUAAUUCUAAGUUUGUUUACAUGUGUUGUGUUAUACGUUCAAAACAUGUUAAUUAUUUGCGUUAUUUAGUGCUGCAAUGAGUACAAAUUGACAUUUAAGGGAGCAGCGUGUGAGACGUAGCAGCAUCUAGUGGUGUGGUUGCACAUUGCAACUCACUGAAUAUCGGAGGAAAAUUAUGGCAAACAAGUGAAUCAAUUCUUUGUCGCCUAUUUACAUAACCUAGCGUUAGUACAAUCACAUUCUCUUAGCACUUUGUCGUUGUCUUUUCCUAAAUCAUUAUCAAUCCUCCUACACGUCUUUCCAUCGAGGCUAAGGAAAAGUAGUUUAAGGAAGUGUCAUUGUCAUGGUUCGUACUAUUUGACUGCAAACCUGCUAACUAUGUAGAUAUGAAGGGCUCCUUGUAAGUUUAUUAAAACACAAUGAUUCAUGAUUUCAGGUGAUCAUACACUACGGAAAACAUAGUUAUUAAUAUAAAAUUCCAUUCCUGCAAACAAAUUCCCUUAAAUCUUACACACUGUGAGUCUUAUAAGUACAAAUGCAUAUAUUUUGUUGAAUAAAGCUUCUCAAAACUGA